AGGGGGCCUAUACGAGAGAGAAAAAUUGUUGCAGAAAAAAAAACAAGAGGAAGAGGAAAAAACGAUUAAGAAAAGGCGAAGAAGUGUGAAGUGGCGUAGAUAAGAAGCAGAUACAAACAAACCAACGGUCGCGAUUGACACGGUUUUGCGGAAAUGUGUGAUGUGCCGAUAGUUCCACCCGUAGUGUAUGAUACAUUAGAAGAACAAAAAGAUUUUGAUAAGGAUGCGGAAAAGUCUUAGCUUGAAUCAUCAAAAGAUCUUUUAACGAAGUGAUUAGUGAUUGAAAACAAAAGCCCUCUUCAUAGUGGUAUUUAUGGCGAAUGGUUGCCCUGGUUACCUUUGGCAAAUAAGCAUCGAAACUUUCCCUGCCCCCUUUGCAUCGAUGUGUGCAUUUAUGAAUGUGUGAAGGAACAUUCCUCUGUUAGGAAAAUCUUACGCGUUAUUACGUCUUACGUCUGUGCUAAAUGAAGUAUUUUCUACAUCGGUGAAUUAUUUUGUCAGCGUUCGAUACUGUUGGAUUAAAACAUAAAUCAAGGCUUAGUGUUGCUGCUUCUGGAUAUCAUCGUUGUUGGAAAGAAACAAUGUGAGUUUGAGUCAAAUAUUGUUUGAAGAGUGAGUGUGAUUGUACCAAAACGUGAAAAUUAGUGAGAGAAUUAGUGAAACCCCCCGCGGCUAAGCGCAAUGAAACAACAGUGGUAGCAAGCGUGCACAGUAAGCAAGAAGCAAACACUACGAUCGACGCACAGGGGAACUAGAUAAAAUAAAACAAACGUGUGCCGGUGCUAAGGUCAGUUGACGGCGGCUCAAAUAUCUCCCUCUCUCUUAUCCUGUCGGUCGGGGCGCUCCAAGCGAAUUCGGGUACAUGUCCACCACGCUAUCGAGUGUCUCUGGAGUGUAUCCAGACGAUUCCGAGCAAGAGCAUGGACUGUUACCGGAUCUGAAUGGUGUCGAUCUGGUUAUGAGCUUGUCGCCCAAGGCGCCAAACCACCAUCACCACCAUCACCAUCAUCACCAUCUGACCAGCCUGCAGCAUCUGCAGAACCUGCAGCACAACUCGGCCCUCCACAGCCACUCGACACCGUUUAGCGUCACCGACAUACUGAGCCCAAUCGAGGAGUACCGCAAGCUGGAACUGACUGCGAAUCCACCCUCACCGUACAGCGGCGGCAGUAGCGUUAAUUCACCGAGUGCCCUUGGGCCUAACACGACCACCGGCAGCACGACGACCGGCAGCAGUAGCAUGGCGAACCCGUACGCAAUGGGUCCCCUGUACCACAGUCCCGGCGUUCAGAGCUACUGUGCGCCGACGGACAACCUUUCACUGGCCGGUCACUACACCGAUAUGCGCAACUCGGCUGCCGCCGGUUGGUACGGCUCCACCGCCAGUGAUCCACGCUUUGCGAUAUCCCGAUUGAUGGGAGGCUCGGCUGGCGGUACGAUGGGCCACGCCAUGUCCAACAUGGGCAGCCUGGCAGCGUGCAGCGUGUCCGACACCAAACCGAUGCAGUUCCCGCUUGCCCAGCGACGAAAGCGGCGCGUACUCUUCACACAGGCCCAGGUCUACGAGCUUGAGCGAAGAUUUAAGCAGCAGAAAUACCUAUCCGCCCCGGAACGUGAACACCUAGCCAGCUUAAUACAUCUCACACCAACCCAGGUCAAAAUUUGGUUUCAAAACCAUCGAUACAAGUGCAAGCGGCAGGCUAAGGAAAAGGCAAUGGCGGAGCAGAACCAACAUAAUCAGUCAGCCAGCUCACCACGACGUGUGGCCGUACCAGUACUAGUUAAAGAUGGCAAACCCUGCUCCGGCGGUUCGAACGCGAGCGCCAACAACAACAACAACGGUAGCGGCGGCACGAGUGGACCCGGCUCGAACGGUAGCAGCAGUGCCGGCGGAGGCAGCUCGGGCACCAGCAACGGUAGCGGCGGUCCAGCCAGUGUCGGCAGCAUCGUGCUGCUGAACGACUCGAACGCCCACUCGCCCGAUACGGCGACGGCCGCACUGCUGUCGUCGUACAAUGGGGCGGCGGCCCACCAACACCAGAUGCUGCAGCAGCCGUGCAAUAAUGCGCUCAUGUCGAACAGCCUGGCGAUGGCUUACCGCAACCAGAACAACUUCAUGACGAACAGCCACCAGCAGCAGUGCGGCGGCUACCUGCCGCUGCAGACGCGCGCCUGGUAAUAUUAGUGGGCCCGGUUCCGUGCCGACCGGUCGGCGGGUGUGAUCUGUUAAGAGGCCGGUGUUAGUUGCGUUUAGUUUUAGCAAAAAGCUUUGUUUUUAGAUAAACAUUGCCACGGGCUGGUUUGCCGUAGGACAAAACGGGCUGUUUGUUUCCCUUUGCCAAUCGUCCAAGCGGUGUGUGCCUCUGGGCGCAUUUUUUCCUUUUUUCCAUGGCGAAUUUAGAGUGCUCGGGCUAUGCGUUUACGUUGUUUGUGUGUGUGCGUGUAUUUUGUGAUGCUGACUGAGUGCUUCGCGCAGCAAGAAGGGCGUCGGAGUGAGUUCCCUUUAACGGUCUGUUGAACCGGGUUAAACAUACCUGUAUAUAGCCCGCAAAAUGUACCAGCAGUACAAUCACUACUUUGUUCCCUCUUCAACUGUUUUGUUAAAAUUCUUACUGUAGUAUGACAGACGCGGAGCAUCUUUUUAGCCUUUUUCGCUGCAAGGAAAUUAGUUUGAAUAAGUACGGUAAUCAUUUUACAGGCAGUCUUCACACAAAUCAAAACAAACGGAACUGGAUAACGUCAGUAGCGCGAUUGUAGCUAACUCAAACUCGAGGCGGUGCAAGUGUCAGGAUCAGGGCAGCAAGUAGAUAACCGAGUAAGCUUGGACCGGUGGUGUAAAGGAAUUGUAGCACGAUCGUUUGUCACGUCACGAUCGAACCCAUUUUGUGUAUUAUACGUAUAGAUUUGUUUUAAUAGCAACCAGAAGACUUUAAUAUAAAACCAGCAAUCGCAUGCCCAUGUCAUGGGAGGAGUGGGGAGGCUAGGUACUUUGUGUGGAAAUUAGAAGGAAAGGGGAUCAUAACGACAGCAAUAUGGUCGAAGUAAGUAGAGGGUAGCGAACAUGCAAACUAAUCAAAUUUGGCUUAAGAUUGUUCAGUUGAAGCAUGUCCUUAUCAAAGUGGUUUUCUCUUACGAAAACGCAUGAAUUUGAUCAUUCAGUUCGACAUGGUAAUGUAAGGUAUGUUUCCCCCUGGAAAGUGUGGCAAUUGGGCUGCAUUUGUUUUAUUCUGAUUUGCUGAAUCAGGCUCCGGUCAUUGAUUUUUAUACAAGUUGAACGGUUUAGCUUUAUAUUAAGGGAGAGAGAAGAAAAAACCAUGCAAAGAAGAUCAUGUUCCACGUGUACCUAUCUCCGGAAUUUAUCAAGUAAAUUACACAAAA